AUGUGGAACUUUCCAAACUGCUGUGGUGCAAUUGAUAGCAAGCACAUUAGGAUGGUUUGCCCGAAAAACAGCGGAAGUGCUUAUUACUGUUAUAAGGACUAUUUUUCGACUGUUUUAUUGGCACUUGUUGAUGCGAACUACUGUUUUAUCACAGUAGAUGUUGGUUCGUAUGGAAAGGGAGGUGACAGUACAAUUUUUCAAAGGUCUAACCUAAACAAAAAUCUUCAGCCAGGGACUAUUACCCUUCCGAAACCAAAGAACCUUCCUGGAACUAAAACUUUGUGCCCACAUGUUUUUGUCGGGGAUGCAGCAUUUGCAUUAACCUCGGCAAUGAUGAAACCCUUCCCCGAAAGUCAAGCUCAAACAGAUGUUGAAAAAGCACUAUAUAAUUACAGAUUAUGCAGAGCUAGGCGGACAUCUGAAAAUGCCUUUGGUAUUCUGUGCCUAUAUUUGAGUGUUUUUCACCCCAAUUGCAUGUAAAAUUGAAACUGUGAGUAAACUUGUGCUAGCAAGCUGCAUCUUGCACAAUAUGCUGCGCCAAAGAAAAAUACCAUGUCUCUUAGAACCAAAAAGAGGAACAAAAAUGUAAUGUUGGACAAAAAUUUAACAAGUCUUGCUGCAACAGGAUCGAAACAUGCAUCUUUCAGAGCCGAGUAUAUCCGGAAAAAUUUUUCCCAAAUAAUUAGCAGCAAAGAGGGUGAUCUGAAAUGGCAAAAUAAUAAAAUAACACGCACUGCUUAAUAUGUUUUAUUUAACUGUAUCAAAUCAUACACCUACAACCUAAUACACAUCUUAAUCUCCCUCGAAAGCUAGAAGUUGUUUUGAACCGUUUACGUAUCGAUCAUAAUCGUAUUACUCACAUACAUCUUCUACUAAAUGAGCCUACUCCAGAGUGUUCCCAUUGUAAGGAACCGCUCACUGUGAAACACAUUUUAACCAAAUUUUAAAUUCGGAGACAACGCCAAUUCGGUUGCAUUAAUCCAUCAUUGAUUUUAUUAAUUGGUAACAGUCCCCACAACAACAUUUUCCCUUACCUCAAAGCCAUUGGUUUUGAUACAUCAAUAUAGAUAUUUAAUAAAAAACCAAGUUGUAGGUGCGAUAUAGCCACUACUGGCUCUUGCGCCAAUAACUAAAAACUAACAUAAUCACUUUAAAAUGGAGAAUAUCUAAAAUUAAAAUUAAAGUUUUUUUUUUUUUUUUUUUUUUUUCAAAUUUUAUUUCCCUAAGUUUGAGCUAAGCUGCAAUAGAAAAAUUUAAGUUAUUAAUUUCACUUUAAUGUUAAUCUUCACCUUCCUUUCCAUACAAACCAACAUCCACUGAGAUAAAAACAGUAAUUUACAUCAUCAACAGCUUUAAUUUCUCAAUCUAAUUUUGUGUAUUUUUUAUUCCAAUUAUUUGUUCUUAUUUUUUGCUGAAUUUUGUACCCUGUUGUUAUAUUAUUUUUCAUUAUUUCAUGAAUAUAUAUAUAUAUAUAUAUAUAUUAUCAUGCAUCGGUAUACAUUUGCCUGCUUUAUUUUUUUUAUUGACUUUUGUAUCCAUCUGAAACUGUGAAAUUCUUAAGAUUUUUUUCUUCUUAUAGUUCAUCUUGUUAUUUAUAGACUUCAAAUUUCAUGAAAAAAACCAAUUAAUUAUUUUUUGUCAACACUUGUACCUUAAUUUUAGCUUUCAUCUAAUAUUUAAUUGUCCAUCUAUGUACUUCGAAUAAAUUGUUAUUUACUUUUUAUGUAUUGAGGUAUUUGAAAAUUAAGUACAUAAAUAUAUUGAGGGGCACAGUACCCUUGCAAAAAAUUUUUUUAAGUAAAAGUAUAAUCAUUCAUUUUGUGGAUGUUUUACAUUCUCAUUUCACUUAUAACCAAUAAU